UUUAAAUUUUGAUCCAGCAUGGGCAUGCGUUUGUGAGGUUAAGUUUUUAAGCAGCUCUUGUAUUUUUUCACUCUGUGUUAAUAAUUUUGAGUAAAUUCGUAAGCAGUGUUUGAAUACUUUUUGUGUUUAAAAUGGAAGAGAUUGAAGAUCUCUAUCAUAAACUAAAAGAGUUUAGUAAAAUCAAUAAACAAUUCGCAGUUAUUUUCAAGAAAUCCCAGUCAAAACAGCCCUCAAGUAAAUCUGAACAAGUUACCAGUCUAUUAGAUUACAUUGCGAAAGAAAUUAUUAUUGUGCCACAAUGGUUUUCUUCGGUUCUUCAAACCUUCCCAAAGGAGCUUUCAAAGCUGGUUUUUCAGGCUGUUUUCUUCACCGAGGAUUUUCCUUUUAGUCAACAAAGGCAUCUUUCAAAUUGCAUUUUGCUAUCACAAAUUGUUAAGGAGAGACCAGAUUUAAAAAGCUUUGCACUGAAGUAUUUUGAACAAUACCCCUCACCCUUUGAGGUGGACAUAAAUUCUCCAAUAAAAGCAAAAAGAAGCAGACCAUUGGAAAACAUUUUCUCACGAGAUGUGGAUAUAGUCCAGGCCUGCUACUUUCUACUCAGAAGUGAUCCAAAGUUCUAUUGGAAUAAUUGGAAAUGGAGCGUGUUCAUGAAGAAGUAUGCUUCAAAUGAUGAUUAUGAAGUCGCUUGGCUCUACUGUCAAAUUAUGGGGAUCAUUUUGGGCCGGAACGAAACCGAAUUGAAUGCCUUAAUCGCUCAAAAAAUACCUGAAGAGAUAAAAAUAAAACUAACCAUUGAUUUCAAUAAAAAUUCAGGUUUUAUUGGCCAAUCCCAAGAAUCAUCAUCCUUGAACCAACAAAUUUUUGCUCCAACAAAAACUAAAGACUUGGCCGAAGUUGUUAGCAUUUCAGGUGUUUACAUUCCAGCCCUAAACAACCCCAAAAAAUCGCUACUUGUUCCGGUUCCAUCUACUUAUAAUAAUCUAAGAAAAAUUGCUAUUGGAUUAUCUUCGGCUAAACCGAUGUGUCUUCAAGGGCCUGUAGGUGCUGGCAAAACUGGAUUAGUUGAGCACUUGGCUGGGUGCACUGGAAGAAAGCUAGGAGAUACAUUUGUUAAAGUGCAACUUGGCGACCAGACUGAUAGUAAAAUGUUGUUGGGGACUUAUCGGUGUACAGAUACUCCUGGAGAAUUUAUUUGGCAACCUGGCGUUUUGACACAGGCUGUUAUACAAGGAAGCUGGUUGCUACUAGAAGACAUAGAUUUAGCCAGUAUGGACAUUGCCUCAGUCCUAGCUAGUUUACUAGAAAAUAACGCUCUUACUGUUCCUGGUUAUCGAGAUCUAGUUCCAAUUACUCCAGGAUUUCAACUUAUCGUCACCCAAAGACUAAUCACUACAAUGUCCGGCAACCACAAACGUCAUUCAAACGCCAUGCAUUUAUUAGAGAAGCAACUUUUACAAAUCACCAUUGACCCGUUGACCAGCCCAGAACUGAUACAAAUCCUGCACGUAAAGUAUCCUCAAUUCGACACAAUUUCUAGCAAACUCGUCAGCGUAUUUGAACUUUUCAACACCAAUAAAAACGAAUCUUCAUUGAUUAGAAAGUCAGGCCGGCUAAUAUCGACAAGAGACUUUUUCAAAUGGUGCUCUAGAGCUGCUAUAGAUUUCAACGUUAAAAGCCAGGAGAGUGCUUUGAAAAUUCUACAAGAUGCUAUUGACGUGUUUUGUUGUGCUUUUUCUAAUAAUCUAGAGGCACUAGAAUUAGCCAAAGAAAUUAGCACCCAAUUGGGAAUAAUCAAUCAGAAAGCUGAAUAUUUUUUCAACAAUUACAAACCAAUGCCCAAGCUGACAUCAAACCGAUUAAUUGCAGGCAGAAUAAGUUUGCUAAGAGAGCAUUCUGCCUAUUCUAAACAAGCUAAAUUUUGCUUCACACGACCUGCAGCUAUUCUAUUAGAACGCAUUAUGUGUUGUGUAAAUUUGAAAGAGCCCGUACUAUUGGUAGGAGAAACAGGCACAGGAAAAACAUCUUCAGUUCAAUAUUUGGCUCACACUCUAGGGAAAAAUUUAAUUGUUAUCAAUAUGAAUCAGCAAUCCGAUUCGGCAGAUCUUUUAGGUGGCUUCAAACCUGUAGAUUUGAAAAUAAUCAUAAAUCCCAUCAAAAAAGAAUUUGAAGCAGUCUUUAGGGAUUAUUUCGACGUGGAAUCAAACAGAGAAUUCUUAAAUAAAAUCGCUUUUGCUUAUAACAAAGAAAAGUUCGUACAAUUGGUAGCAUUUAUGCAAAAGAGUGCCCAAGCUGCGCUUAGGCGUUUAGGAAAUUUGCUAGAGAACUCUGCAGAUUUGGAAAAGAAGCAAAAAGAUGAAGUUUUCUUUCAAAGGUGGCAAAAUGUCAAUGACAAACUUAGGAAGGUCCAGGUGCAGUUGAAGCAAGCAAAUGCGCUGUAUUUUGCUUUCAUUGAAGGCAGUUUGGUUAAGGCUAUACAGGAGGGAACUUGGGUUUUAUUGGACGAGAUCAAUUUGGCUAAUGCUGAGACUUUGGAAUGUCUUUCAGGUUUGCUAGAAGACACUGCAGGUUCGCUAUGCCUACUAGAAAGAGGCGACAAAAAACCAGUCCGAAGACAUCCAAACUUCACCCUCUUCGCUUGCAUGAACCCUGCAACAAACGUCGGCAAAAAGGACCUCCCGGUUGGCCUCCGCAAUCGUUUCACCGAAUUCUACGUCGACGAAUUAACUGAAAAGAGCGACUUAAUACUUUUGGUCAACAGCUAUCUGGACGCCAUGAAUUUGAAAGAGGAGGAUGUAUCGAAAAUUGUAGGCUUUUAUUUGAAUAUAAGAAUAGAAAUGCAGCGGUCGCUUUGUGAUGGGAUUGGUCACAAACCCCAUUUUUCACUGAGGUCUUUGUGCAGGGCUUUAACGAUAGCUGGCAAGAAUCCAUGCGGGAACUUUAAGAGGAGCCUUUAUGAGGCUUUUUGUCUUAGUUUUUUGACGCAGCUUGAUUCACAAUCGUAUCAGAUUGUUCAAAAAUUAAUUGUUAAAUAUUUGCUUUGUGACGCAAAACAACUGAAAGCCAUAUUGAACCAGCCAAUCCCACAACCAAAAGAACGCGAUAGUUCUUUCCUUGAAUUCGAAGGGUAUUGGAUUAAAAAGGGAAGCUUAGAAUCCAUGCCUCCUGAUGAAUAUAUUUUGACUGACUCUGUAAGGAGAAAUUUAAAAGAUUUGUCCAGGGUGGUAUCCAUUGGAAAAUUGCCAGUACUUUUACAGGGUGACACAUCAGUUGGAAAGACCAGUCUAAUUACCUACUUAGCAAAAUCAAGCGGCAACAAAUGUGUAAGAAUCAACAACCACGAACACACUGACUUACAAGAAUACAUAGGCUCCUAUGUGGCCGACACUACAGGAAAAUUAGUCUUUAGAGAAGGAGUGCUAGUAGAAGCCAUGAGAAAAGGCCACUGGAUUAUAUUGGACGAACUCAAUCUAGCACCGACCGACGUCCUGGAAGCUUUAAAUCGAGUCUUAGAUGACAACCGUGAACUUUUUAUUCCCGAAACGCAAGAAACUGUUAAGGCGGAUCCAAACUUUAUGUUGUUUGCCACUCAAAAUCCACCGGGAGUGUACGGAGGCAGAAAAAUGCUGUCCAGAGCCUUUAGGAAUCGUUUUGUGGAGCUGCAUUUUAAUGAGAUACCCCCUAUCGAAUUGGAGUUUAUUUUGCACCAGAGGUGUGCUAUGCCUCCUAGUUAUGCAAAAAGAAUGAUCAGUGUUAUGAGUGAUCUUCAGAUCCGGAGAAGAGGCUCAGCAGCAUUCGCUGGCAAACAAGGAUUCAUUACCCUAAGAGAUCUAUUCAGAUGGGGAGAAAGAUAUCGCCUUGCUAAAAAUUCUGAUGAAUUUUAUGAUUGGAAUCAACAUUUGACAGAUGAAGGUUAUUUGGUGCUGGCUGGCAAAGUGCGUAAAUACGACGAGAAAAAGGAAAUCAUGCAGGUGUUGCAGAAACAUUGGCAAAGGGAAGUUCGAUUGGAGAAUCUAUUUUCAUUACAAGAAAAUACUUCGACAGUCACUAGACACAUCUUACAAAAACUGGAAAACAACAGCGCCAGGUACCCAAACAUAGUCUGGACGUUCAAUAUGAGAAAAUUAGCAGUACUGGUAGCGAAAGCUUUAGAGUUUAAAGAACCCGUCCUACUAGUAGGGGAAACUGGCGGAGGCAAAACCACAAUUUGUCAAUUGUUAGCUCAAAACAAUGGCCAGGAAUUGGCUAUCGUCAAUUGUCACAUGCAUACUGAGAGUAGCGAUUUUCUUGGAGGAUUGAGACCAGUUAGGGAUCACUCAGAAAAUUCGAAAGCCUUGUUUGAAUGGGUAGAUGGACCAUUGUUGCAAGCUAUGCUAAAAGGAAGUGUAUUCUUGGCAGAUGAAAUAUCAUUGGCUGAUGACAGCGUUUUGGAAAGGCUUAAUUCACUAUUAGAACCUGAGAGAACACUGCUUCUUGCUGAAAAAGGAAUCGACCUAAAUAACCCUAACAAUUCCGAAACUGUUGUGGCCCAUUCAGAUUUUGUAUUUAUUGGAACCAUGAAUCCCGGAGGUGACUUUGGUAAAAAGGAACUUUCUCCAGCUUUAAGGAAUCGUUUCUCUGAAAUUUGGUGCGAUUCUUGCACUGACAGGGAUGACCUGAUUUUGAUUAUUAACAAGAAUUUGCAUGUCAAUACUGAAUGCAAUUUUGGGGAAAAGAUGAUGGAUUUUAUUGAGUGGUUCAAGAAAAGUGACAUCGGAAAAAGGUAUAUCAUAAGUAUCCGAGAUAUCUUGACUUGGGUGAAUUUUGUCAAUGCAUGCUCAGCAAAAAUUACUACUAAUGACGCCUAUCUCAAUGGAGCUUAUUUGGUGUUUUUGGACAGUUUAGGUUCUGGUAUCACCAGUACAGAAAGUACCCAAUCAUUAAGAACUUUCAAAACUGAAUGCGAAAAGUUCCUAAAAACUCAAAUCGGUUCUAAUAUACCAGAUUCCCAUUCAAAAUCCAACAAAAUUAUUUGCACCGAUUCACAAUUUGGAAUCGAACCGUUCUUCGUACCAACUGGACAAGAAGCCUAUGAAGCCGAAUCAUUUUCCUUCGAAGCACCAACCACAGUAUUAAAUACAAUAAAUCUUUUGAGAGGAAUGCAACUGAAUAAAGCUAUUUUAUUGGAAGGCAGUCCUGGAGUUGGAAAAACCACCCUUGUAACGGCAUUGGCCAAAAAAUCCAGGCAUAAGAUUUUUAGAGUGAAUUUGUCAGAUCAAACGGAUAUUUCAGAUCUUUUUGGCGCCGACUUACCUGUAGAGGGAGGCACUGGCGGUCAAUUCUCUUGGAGAGAUGGCCCUCUGUUACAAGCCUUGAAAGAAGGCAGCUGGAUAUUACUGGACGAACUCAAUUUAGCCUCUCAGUCUGUUUUGGAAGGCCUAAAUGCUUGUUUGGAUCACAGAGGAGAAAUAUUUAUACCAGAAUUGGGAAAAGCAUUCCAUGUUAAGCCAGGUACACGAUUCUUUGCUUGUCAAAACCCAAUGAAACAAGGAGGCUCCAGAAGAGGCCUACCAAAAUCGUUCCUCAACAGAUUCAUCCAGGUUUACGCUUGUCCUUUUAGUCCGCAAGAUAUGGAAGCGAUUCUUGGCAACCGGUUUAAAAAUUUGCCACCUGAAACAAUCACUAAAAUGAUUGAAUUCAACUAUAGAUUAGCCAGUGGCCUCAAUCAGCAUCAAUUUGGCCAUAAAGGAUCUCCUUGGGAGUGUAAUCUCCGCGAUUUAACUCGCUGGUGUCAAGCAACACUGUAUCAUUUUGAAAAUUCAUCAGAAAACAAAGUUUUAAGUCCAGAGAGUACCGUUCAACUAAUCUAUAUUGAUCGUAUGCGAAGUAUCCAAGAUAAAAACAAAGUGGAAGAAAUUUUUAAAGAUGUUUUUGGUUGUGAGCUAAAAGGAUCCAAACCUGUGGGUUAUAUUAAUAAAGAAAACGUUCUGUUUGGUGACGUUGCUGUGAAAAGAGGACAAGAUCAGCUAAAUGAUCAUGUGUUGAAGCAGGACAAGGGCCAUCUUUUGCUGAGAGGACAGUUGGGGACUUUGAGAAGUUUGGCUUAUUGUGUUAAUCAGAAUUGGAUGGCAAUAGUGGUGGGAAAUUCGGGCGUCGGGAAAAGCAGCGUCGUUAAAACUUUAGCUAAUCUCGCCGGGAAAACUUUGAAAACUUUACCAGUGACUUCUGCGAUGGAUACGACCGAUAUCUUAGGCGGUUUUGAACAGGUAACCUUUUUUUCAAAUUAAUUAAUUUUAUUUAUAUUUAAUAGUUUUAAGAAUUAAAUAACACAACGUAAAACUUUAUAUUACACACAUUCUUUUUAUUAUCCUUUUUAUUUUUCCGUCAACAUAUUGCAUAUAAUAUUAUUUUUCCAUUUUAUUGAUGAUUGGCAAUACUAAAAAUAAUGUUCACUAUUAUUUUUUGGUGAUUUUGUCAACUAAAUAUCUGCUAUAAAUAAUAAUAAAUAAUAAAAUUUACAUUUAUAUUAUUCCAUGAGGCCGUUUUGUUUGAAGUGCUUUAUAAGAGUGAAAUUACAAUAAUUAUUACUGAAAUUGCUCUGUACCAUUAGUAGGCCUAAAUUGCUUUAAUUUUAAAGUUUGUUGUUUAGGAAAUUAUAAUUUUAUCUGCUGCCCACUCUGGUUGGAAUUUUGUAUUGCUUUUAUUUUAAUUAAUGAUUAAAUUUGAUAUUAUCGGAUAGUGGAUUUAGUCCUAUAAUUAAUUAUUUAUAUUCAUUCUGUAUUGUUUGUCCACUUUUUAAUUGUUUACAUGAAUGAUAAUAUUUAACUGCAUAAUAAAAUAAAAUAACUGCUAUUAGUAAGAGAUAAUCUGUGAGAUGGAAUUUUGAGUUUGAUCAUGUCAUUGGUUUAGCUGUUGAGUGAAUACCACAGUCUCUCUUCAAUAAAUUUAAGCAUCAGAUUAAUAUGUUAUUAUUCGUGCUUUAAUACUAGAUACAUGAUACACGUAAUUUUUAUGCAAAUGAUAAUAUCAAUGAAGUAGUAAGAAGGUUUGGAAUGACCCUAUUUACUCAAUACCUAAAUUUGCGGCCAACAUUAGAGAGAGAGAACGGGAGAGAUCCAUGAGAUUUUCUGCCCUUGCUAGCGCUAUCUCACUCAGGGUUAGAGUGAGAGAUGUGGGAGAUCCAAUGGAUGUACUGUAUCAAAUGAGUGACGCAAAGCUCAUUCUAAACCUUCCUAUUAUUUCACUGUAUAAUAUACACUUUGACAGUGCAGACUCCGCCUACGAGUCUUUUUCUUAGCUGCUGUAAAUCAUACAGUAUUCCAGUGAUCAUAGUAAUAAUAUACGCGAAUAAAGUGCAACCGCAUGAAUGUUUAAACAUACACGGCAGUGUUGGUAGCGAAAUCUAUACACGGUUGUAGAUUGUGCUGCGCUUUUCUAGACAAAAAGUUAAAAAAUACCAAAAAUACAAAUCUGAAACUAUUCCGAUAAUUAUUCUUAAUUUUUUUAUGGUAUAGGUACAGUGUGUUCCUUAUAUUUUGACCCCUACCUACAGCUUCAGCUAUACCAGGUGGAAAAAAACUUUAAAUAUGAAAGAUGUAGGGUUUUAUAUCUAUUAUCUUUUGCGAAUAUCAAAACGGACAAAUGACAGGUGCCAACUGUCACAAUGACAAACACUUGCAUUUUUCAAAUGGACCACCCUGUAUAUUUUUGGCUAGAAUGAUAGCUUUUUUUCUUCUGAUUCCAAAUAUACCAUAUAUGUUGAUAUUUGGUUCAGUUGUUUUUAUGCUAUUUAAUUUUAAAAUUGAUUGAUACAAGAAACCAGGAUAGAUUAAAUUAAGGGUGAUGUAAAUGCAUUUUUAAACUUGAAUAUGGUAAAAAUAGCUGAACCAAAUAUCAACAUAUAUGGUAUAUUUGGAAUCAGAAGAAAAAAAUCUAUCAUUCUAGCCAAAAAUACACAGGGUAUUCCAUUUGAAAAAUGCAAGUGUUUGUCAUUGUGACAGUUGGCACCUGUCAUUUGCCCAUUUUGACAUUCGCAAAAAAUAAUAGACAUAAAACCCUACAACUUUCAUAUUUAAAGUUUUUUUCCACCUCGUAUAGCUAAAGCUGUAGGUAGGGGUCAAAAUAUAAGGAAACACCCAGUACAUAAAAAUUACAAAAUAGUGCUCUUUAGCAUGCGGAAGAUUUUCGGCGAUGUUUUUUUAUUAAUGUAUGCCUUUCUUUUUGAUACAAGGUGUUCCAAGAACAGCUGUACCGUUAUCAACUUAAUUUUUUUAAAAGGUACCCCCUGUAUAUUAUGACAUUUCUGGAUUCUGCAAAAAAUCCCAGACAUAUUUCAUGUACUACAGUGUGGUCAUUUCAUCUUGAUAACAUUUUAAACUGUCACCAUUUCUUUAUUUUUUAAGGCCGCGUUAAUGGCCGCCAUGUUUAAACUGUGAUUGGUUGAUUUUUCGAAACUUGUUUUACGGUCUUUAAAAAAACGGCACAUCAGAAUUGGGUCAAAGGAUAACGCACACCUAACAUGGGAU